UUUUUUUUUUUCUUUUUUUUCCUUCUUUGCCCUUUGAUAGCAUUUUUAUAUUAUUUUUCUAGCUGUACUUUGCACAGAACCGGGCCGGACCGAAUAGGGAUAAACUCGGAUUAAGAUCAAACACUGUGCGAUGAACUGUCUGUUUAAAGGCGCCCUGCGGAUGCCAGCCGUCGCUAGACUGGCCACUACCCACAGUACUCGCGCAAUAACCCCACUCCAGCAUCACAGUUACUCCUCAGCAGCAGGAGCAGCGGCAGCACGCAACGCAAGCGCAUCGGCACUGCCCCCAGGAAGCCACCUCGCGGGAAAGAGCAGCCUGACACCGCGGAUCCACGAAAAGCUGCAAGUGCUACAAACCAAAUACGCCAAGCUCAACGAGCGCAUGAGCGGCAACAUAGGCGAGCUUGGGCGAGAAGAGCUAGCCAAGCUAUCCAAAGACAUGAGCGACACAGGGCUUAUUGCAAUCCCAUACAGGCGGCUUUUGGAGCUAUACAGCGAGCUGGUCGAGCUCCAGCAAAUGGUUGAUUCGGGGGAUACUUCGCUGCGCGGCAUGGCGCAGGAGGAGCAGCAGGUGGUGUUGGCAGGCAUUACUGAGUGCGAGCGGGAAAUCGUUGGCGGCUUAUUGCCCAAGGAUUCGGCCGAAAAGGCCGGCGCCAUCAUGGAGAUCAGGGCGGGCACUGGCGGCGACGAGGCGUCGCUAUUCUCGGGCGAUCUGCUGCACAUGUACGAACGCUACGCGCAGUCGCGCGGGUGGAAGUUCAGCACGAUUGCAAUGGACGGCGACGGCGACCAGGUCAAGGAGGCAGUUGUCGAGAUCUCCGGCCGCGGCGUAUUCGGAGUCCUGAUGUUUGAGUCUGGCGUGCAUCGCGUCCAGCGCGUGCCGGCGACCGAAGGCCAGGGUCGCAUCCACACGAGCACAGUGACGGUGGCGGUGUUGCCGCAGGCCUCUGACGUCCACAUUGAGAUUAAGGAAAACGACCUGCGGAUCGACGUGUUUCGCGCCUCGGGCAAGGGUGGCCAGCAUGUGAACACAACGGACAGCGCCGUCCGCAUCACGCAUCUGCCCACUGGAAUCGCCGUCGAAAACCAGCAGGAAAGGUCGCAGCUGCGGAACAAGGAAAAGGCCAUGAAGCUUUUGCGUGCGAGGCUGUACGAUAAGGAGCGGCAGAAGCUGGACAUUGAGCGUCGUGAAUCCAGAAACAAGCUCAUUGGCACUGGCGAUCGCUCGGAAAAAUGCCGCACCUACAAUUACCCGCAGAAUCGGGUUACUGACCAUCGGAUAAACUAUAGCUUGUACGAUCUGGAGGGCGUCAUGGGCGGGUCCUCGAUGCAAUACAUUGUUGAUCAGCUCCGCAUGCAGCACGAUUUGGACGAAUUGGCAAACAUGGGCUAGACGCGUAAAAAUAUAUUAUUUUCCCCCAGUUAAUUUGACUCCACGUGUAGUGACUUGUACCUAAACAUCUACAGGCUUGGGCCUGGGCGUUGGCCAAUUAAACAAUUCUAGAUCAGAAAAAAUAUCUAAUAAUUGCCUUUGCUCUGAUCUACUCUUUACUCUGCUCUUUCGGUUACUACUUUUGUGAAGGUGUUUUGAAUUUACUGAUUCCGCUGCCAAGAUAAUCCCAUCCACCCGUGUUUAUUUUGUGAGACAUUCGCAAGCUCUGGCUGACCCCUACUGCUGCAAAAACAGGUGGAACAUUUGUUAAAUAGUUUUUGGUGGUUUCCUACACACAAAUAAAUAACAAUCAAAAAA